AGUAAAACCUAGGGCCCUACAAGUUCACAUCUCUGUGAAAGAAAUAGGCUCCAAUACUCCUCUGUAGGUUUCUAAAUGAAGAAGACGACUGAGAAACGCAUCCCUUCUACAUUCUCCAAACCAUUGUGGUGUAAGAGAUUGGAGGAACAAUGUAGGACUGCAAGUCUGCAACUGCAAAAGAAAAGAGGGGCACUCAGCCUAGCACAAGGCCAACUUCAUGGUAUUUGGGCCAGGCCUACAAUUCCAAUUGGGUCAUAUCGUUAGGCCCGAGCUUAAAGCCCAAAGGGGCGUUCUUAUGAGGGCGUUUUAAGCCCCAAUUGGAUGUAUCUAUCUACUAUCUAGGGCGUGGAUAAAUCCGAGGGCCGCAGUCACGUCAUAUAUAAUCCCGACUUUCUCGUCCAUUUGCCGAAAAACCCUACCUGCCGCAGAUCUACACAGCAGACCACAACCAGUCGAUUAGGGUUUUCGGAUCUCCAUUUCUCGAACCUGCAAUCAUGGCGGAUGUGGAGGCAGAGGUUGCUGUCGCUGAACAGCCGAAGAAGAGAACGUUCAAGAAGUUCAGCUUCCGAGGUGUGGAUUUGGAUUCUCUUCUCGAUAUGUCAACUGAUGAUCUCGUGAAGCUCUUCACUGCUCGUGCUCGCAGAAGGUUCCAGAGAGGUCUGACCAGGAAGCCUAUGGCUUUGAUCAAGAAGCUGCGCAAGGCGAAAAGGGAGGCACCAGCAGGUGAGAAGCCAGAGCCAGUGAGGACCCACCUCCGCAACAUGAUCAUUGUCCCCGAGAUGAUCGGAAGCGUCAUUGGCGUGUACAAUGGCAAGACCUUCAACCAAGUCGAAAUCAAGCCUGAGAUGAUUGGUCACUACCUGGCUGAAUUCUCCAUCUCGUACAAGCCUGUGAAGCAUGGUAGGCCUGGUAUUGGUGCUACUCACUCUUCGAGAUUCAUCCCUCUCAAGUGAAGCGUUUGGUUUUUGUUACAUGUUGUCAGUGCUCAAGUCUGUUGUUGUUUGCCAAGACGAUCUAUGUUGAUGAUACUUAUCUCAGUUUAGUUGGUGGAUGUCUCUUAUGACUUUUGAUCUUCAGAUCUAUACAGUAUUAUGUUGUAUGGCGGCAUUUUUUAGUUCAUUUUGGUCGUUAGUCUGAAUGUUGCCCCUAUGGAUUAUUGUUGUUCCAGCAUGGAAUCUAUGGUCCUAACUAAUGAAGACAUUGCUUUAGGGCCUUUUGUCUCUCGCUGUCAAUUUUGGGAGACGCAGCUUCUAGGAGACCCGCGAGAAAGAAGUUUCCUCUCAGUAUCGUAAAGCGAUCUUUGUACGGCCUCCUCCACGUCAUCUGCCUCCAUCUGAUCAUGCCACGAAACAAGAUCACCAUGUUAAUUAGUGAAUAAGUACAGUAAUGAAUUUUUUUCAGCAAACAGUGAAACUUUCUCAGCCAAUUCAGUUACCUGGG